CAAGAACGUGAAGCCACGGCACGUAUUCGUCAGGAGCAGGAUUUAGCGUAUGCUGAAUCGCUCGCCCUCGAUCGGGCCAAGUUGGCUGCCCGUGAAGCCGAGCUCCGACAAGCCGAACUUGUGGCUGCCGAAGCGGCACGUCAACGCGCGCGAGAACAAGCAUUGGUCCGAGCGCGCGAGGCACGUCGCGUCCGGUGGCGUCACUGCCUCCCACCUCCGCCCGAGGCGAACGGACCAGAUACAGUUCAGCUGUCUAUCAAAAUGCCCAAUGGCUCACGUGCAUCCCGUGUGUUCUCGUUGCAUGAUUCGGUGAAGAUUCUCUACUAUUUCGUCCUAACACAAGACUCCGCACCCGAACACUUUGAGGUACAGGCCAAUUUUCCCAAGCGUUUAGUCCCUUGUCAACCGAAUGACGAGUCCGAUUUGGAGGACUAUGUGGUUGAUGAUGCGGUUGAUCAGAACACAGCGGACUCAUCCAAGUCGACAAAGAAACCCAAAACCCUUGAUCCGAUCUUGGACUGGACUCCUCGUCCGGACGGAACUGAUCCGCCUUCCUUUAAUACACUAAAUUUGCGCAAACCGGAGGUCUUGUUUAUCAUUGAUAACGAUGCGUAA